AUGAGCGAUGCCCUGCGACCAAGUGAUGCUGAAUUUAGCGAGGUCCUCCAGCAAAGUCUCAAGAUAUGGACUUCCUAUCUAGGUGCUGGGAACAAACAACACCUAAUCCCCCGGCAAGCCAUAAAUAUGAGACCUCUCGUUAUCCAGACUCCGCCUUUCCUCGGUGAUGGCCUUGCUUCCUUCGACAAGACAAUCUCGUUCGCUUGCGAGGAAAAGGAAUCCCAAGGUAGUCUUCUCGUCAAUGGCAGAUCAACGUGGAGGACCUCUAAAGGGACCUUCGGCAUGGGCCCAAACAGCACAGACAUUCUUGACCUCUAG